AAUCAGCUGAAUUUCUAAUGUUUAAAGUUAUUCAGAAGCGAAAAGUUUAUGAUAAAAUAGUUUAUAUUUUUAUCAACCGAUAAGUUAGAAAAUACGCCUCCAAAAUGUUGGUUCUUGUUCUCGGUGAUCUUCAUAUCCCACAUCGGUGUGCCAGUUUACCGGCGAAAUUCAAAAAGUUAUUAGUACCAGGACGUAUUCACCAUAUACUUUGCACAGGCAAUCUUUGCACAAAGGAAACGUACGAUUACCUCAAGACAUUGGCUAAUGACGUACACAUCGUUCGCGGAGAAUUUGAUGAAAAUUUGAGUUACCCUGAGCAGAAGGUAGUUACAGUUGGACAGUUUCGAAUUGGACUGUCGCAUGGACAUCAGGUUGUGCCCCGUGGCGACCCAGAAGCUCUAGCAUUGAUUCAGCGCCAAUUAGAUGUAGAUAUAUUAAUAUCGGGUCAUACAUAUAAAUUUGAAGCUUAUGAACAUGGAAAUAAAUUCUAUAUCAACCCCGGAUCGGCUACUGGUGCUUUUAACCCUCUAGACGUAAAUGUAAUACCAUCUUUUGUACUUAUGGAUAUUCAGAGUACGACUGUUGUGACAUAUGUAUAUCAACUUAUUGGCGACGAAGUGAAAGUCGAGCGUAUUGAAUACAAAAAAAUCUAAUACGGCUGAUAUUGGAUUGCCCCAUAGCGAACACUCCCUUCAGAUAUGUUAAAUACGGCCAAUAUUCACAUCAUUAUACUUCUUAUUUGUAAAUGUAUGUACACAUGUACAUUUAUAAAUUAAAUUAAUGUUAUGAAAAUAUAUACUCCCAAAAAAAUGUAUGUACAUAUGUAUACCGAUGUAUUCAUACAGUUUAAGGUUUAUUCGCUAAUACAAAAUUUAUCAAAUUAUUUUAAAAAAUUGCAACAAUGUUGAAUAAAUAUUAAGAUAGUUUUAACCUUUAUACUGGAACAUUCACUGCUUUGCAAUAACAACAAACUUAUAGGAUUAUUCAAUAAAUAAUAAAAAUAUGUCUGCUCUGCUUUACCAAAAAUUUAGCGCCCAAACCAAUAUUAGACCAAUAAAAUAAUAAUCUCGUGAUUCUAUAUAAAUUUAUUUUUAUUAAUUUCGCAUAUCUUUACUUUUUAAUUACCCUAGCUUUCAACAUAAAAAAAUUAUAUAAUUUGCUUUGUAAACUGGUAGUAAAUUGCUUUUAUUUGCAUUACUUAUUGAAUACUUGUAUUAAGACAUAUUAAUGAAAUUUAGAAAUUAAUUCAAAAUUGUCAUUUUUAAUAUUGAUGUGUGAUAAAUAAAUAACACAACUAUAAAUAUAAA